AUGGAUCGUCACCGUCGGCGUCAUUUCCCCUUCCUCCUCGCGCUCGUGCUCCUCGCGGCCCUGAGUUCAUCAUCGCGAGGGGCGGCGGCCGAAGCAUCAGCCGACACCUCCACACCACUCAAAGCUUUCACCUGGGGAAGCAAUUUCAGCGGCGGCAGCCUGUACCAAGGCAACCGUGACACCGUCGUCCGUCGGCUCGUCUCAGGCCCAGCCACCUCUGGCGGAGUUUUCUUCAACUACAGCUCCUGCGGCGAUGGGCCCGACGUCGUGUAUGGCGUCGCCAUGUGCUACGCCGACAGCCAGUGGGACGACUGCCAGCAGUGCCUGCACAGGGCGCUCUCGUACGUUUUCACGCAGUGCUUGUACAGCAGAAGCGCGGCGAUCAUGUACAGCGACUGCGUCCUGCGCUACUCCCACGAUGCUUUCUUCUCCAACGAGACGGAGUGGGGGCAUGUGUUCAACGUCUGGUCUACCGCGUUCGUCGAUGACGCGGCCAGAUGGAACCAGACCCGGUGGACGAUGAUGACCCAGCUCGCCGCGGAGGCCGCGGUCUCGAUGCCGCGGUUGGCGACAGGGAACGCAACGUAUAAAGACGGCGGCACGGACAAGGUGUACGGGCUGUUGCAGUGCAGGAACGACUUGUCGGCGGGAGAAUGCAGCAACUGUCUCAGCUCGCAGCUCCAGUAUCUGCUUGGAAGUUUCCCUAACAGCGUUAACACGUAUGUCAGUGUUAAGGGCUUCAGCUGCUUCGUCAGACAAGACGUAAACCCUAUCGUCCUCAUGGUGCCGUUCGGAGCUCCCUCGCCGUCGUCGCCGCCUAGCUCGUCAUCAAAGGCCCACAAAAUGGCUCUGACCAUUGGGUUGGCUGCAGCUGCUAGUGUCAUCCUAUUCUUGUUCGUCCUAGCCACCGCCUUGUUCAUCUACAGGAGGCAGAAGAGGACCGCCGCCACGGUGGCGGACCAAGAGUCCAACAAGGACGACGAAACGGAAGGCGUGUUCAGGUUCUUCAGCAAGGCAUCGGCUGGACCCAAACGGUUCGCCUACGACGUCUUGGCCGCUGCCACCGGCAACUUCUCAGACGACCGGAAGCUCGGGGAAGGCGGCUUCGGAUCCGUGUACAGAGGCUUCUUGGCGGAGCUGGGCCUAUCUGUCGCCGUAAAAAGAGUGUCGAGCAGCUCCACGAAGAGGAGGAAAGAGUACGCCUCCGAGGUGACGAUCAUCAGCCGGCUGCGGCACCGCAACCUUGUGAAGCUCAUCGGGUGGUGCCACACCCACAAUGAGCUCCUCCUCAUCUACGAGCUCAUGACCAACAUGAGCCUCGACAUGCACCUUUACAGUGCAGAGAAUAAUGUACUUUCCUGGCGGCGCAGGUAUGAGAUCAUCCUCGGGAUCGGUUCCGCAGUCCUGUACCUGCAUCAGGACUGCGAGCAAGGUGUAGUGCACAGGGACAUCAAGCCGAGCAACGUCAUGCUGGAUGCCUCCUUCAACGCCAAGCUCGGCGACUUUGGGCUCGCGAGGCUGGUCGACCACGCCCGUGGAGCGCACACCACGGAGCUCGCCGGGACGAUGGGGUACAUGGACCCUGCAUGCAUCAGCACAGGCAGGUUCAGCACCCAGUCGGACAUGUACAGCUUCGGCGUCGUCCUGCUGGAGGUAGCCAGCGGGCGGCAGCCCGUGGUGGUUCACCAGGGCAAAACCAUCCACCUGGCGCGACGAGUUCUGGAGGUGUACGGCCGAGGCGCGGUCCUCGACGCGGCCGACCACCGGCUGAACGGCGAUUUCAACGCGAGGCAGAUGGAGUGCGUGCUGGUUGUGGGGCUUUGGUGCACCCAGCAAGACCCGACCCUGAGGCCGUCCAUCAGGCAGGCCGUUAGCGCGCUGCGGGAUGAGGCCCCGCUGCCGACGAUAAUAGUAAGCAAGGCGCCACUGCUGGUUGAGCGAUUGGGCUCUCUUCCGUCGUCAUUCGUUCCUGAUGAAGGCAGAGUGACCAGUAGAAUGACUUCCACCUACUAAUUACGGAAGGCCUGCACAAGUAAAAUAAUGACCUCUCUUCUCUCUUGCUUCUCCUUAAAUAGCUCUACGCCUCUACUGCUGCAGCCGAAGCUGGUUUUUAUAAAAUGUUAGUAAAACAAUCUCUCUUCCCAGAUGAUAAUGCUUAAAUGUCUGCAAUGCUUCUUUUCUAUUUUCUUUCUCCUCGCUUAUGGGCUCCCAAGUCCCAAGCAGGAACCGCAUGCAGAGAA